CGUUCGCUACGCCACGCCCCCUCAAAACGAAUAAAUACGACCGGCUGGUCUUCCGUCCCUCAGUCCUGCCUUCAGCAACCGAUUCUUCAACGUCGGCAAGAAGGAGAAAACGACACAAAAAUGCGCGAGUGUAUUUCAAUGCACGUUGGCCAGGCUGGUGCCCAGAUGGGCAAUGCAUGCUGGGAGCUGUACUGCCUGGAGCACGGCAUUCAGCCGGACGGUCAGAUGCCCAGUGACAAGACCAUUGGAGGAGGAGAUGACUCCUUCAACACCUUCUUCAGUGAGACUGGAGCUGGGAAGCAUGUUCCCAGAGCCAUCUUUGUAGACCUGGAGCCAACUGUGAUCGAUGAAGUCCGUACAGGAACCUACAGGCAGCUCUUCCACCCUGAGCAGCUCAUCACGGGAAAGGAAGACGCCGCCAACAACUACGCCCGUGGUCACUACACAGUCGGUAAAGAGAUCAUUGACCUGGUUCUUGACAGGACUCGCAAACUGGCUGACCAGUGCACAGGGCUGCAGGGUUUCCUCAUCUUCCACUCCUUUGGAGGUGGAACCGGCUCUGGCUUCACCUCUCUGCUCAUGGAGCGUCUCUCUGUCGACUACGGCAAGAAGUCCAAGCUGGAGUUUGCGGUUUACCCAGCUCCUCAGGUGUCCACAGCUGUGGUGGAGCCCUACAACUCCAUCCUGACGACCCACACCACCCUGGAGCACUCCGACUGCGCCUUCAUGGUGGACAACGAGGCCAUCUACGACAUCUGCCGCAGGAACCUGGACAUCGAGCGCCCCACCUACACCAACCUCAACAGGCUGAUCGGACAGAUCGUCUCCUCCAUCACUGCCUCCCUUCGCUUUGACGGAGCCUUGAAUGUGGACCUGACAGAGUUCCAGACCAACCUGGUGCCCUACCCUCGUAUCCACUUCCCUCUGGCCACCUACGCCCCCGUUAUCUCAGCAGAGAAGGCCUAUCACGAGCAGCUCUCAGUGGCUGACAUCACAAACGCCUGCUUUGAGCCAGCCAAUCAGAUGGUGAAGUGUGACCCUCGCCAUGGGAAGUAUAUGGCGUGCUGCCUCCUUUACCGUGGUGACGUGGUGCCCAAAGAUGUGAAUUCAGCCAUCGCUACAAUCAAAACCAAGCGCUCCAUCCAGUUUGUGGACUGGUGUCCUACAGGCUUCAAGGUGGGCAUCAACUACCAGCCCCCCACUGUGGUUCCUGGAGGAGAUCUGGCCAAGGUGCAGAGGGCCGUGUGCAUGUUGAGCAACACCACCGCCAUUGCCGAGGCCUGGGCUCGACUCGACCACAAGUUUGACCUGAUGUACGCCAAGAGGGCCUUCGUCCACUGGUAUGUGGGAGAGGGGAUGGAGGAGGGAGAGUUCUCAGAGGCCAGAGAGGACAUGGCUGCCCUGGAGAAGGAUUACGAGGAGGUGGGAACUGACAGCGUCGGAGAGGAGGAUGAAGGCGAGGAGUAUUAGGCUGCUGGGACGUCCAUCUGUUGAUUGCUGUGGCUCCAGGUGUUUACAAAGCAAUACUGGACUUGUACAUUCAAUUUUGCACAUUCCAGCCAGCAAUGUUCUGAUUCCAAAUAAAACUACAAUAAUAAAGUGAA